UCACUUUCCCCGGCCGCGUGUUUACGUGGAGAUGAAGAUGGCGGCGCCGGUGUCUCCGCCACGGCAGCUGUCGUCGCUGUGAGACGGGACAGGAAAGGACAGCGAGCUGCGCGUGUCUCGGCUGAGGGGGGUGUGCCCGCCUGCCGCCGCCCAUAACGCUCUGCUCUCCCCGCACAGACGCCAUGGAGGACGAGGAGCGGCUGAAGAAGCUGGAGGCUGGCAAAGCUAAGCUUGCCCAGUUUAGGCAGAGGAAAGCACAAAGUGAUGGACAGAGCACAUCAAAGAAGCAGAAAAAGAAAAGGAAAACAGCAAGCAUCAAAGAUGAAGAAUCAAUACAGGAUGGGAUUGAUACUGAUAGAUCUCGAGGUGAUGAAACAUCUACAUGCGGCAGCCGAAGAGGAGCAGCUGCAACUGCUGACUUUGCUGUUACAAGAACUUUGCACAGUGGAGAAAUUAUCAAACACAUCCAGGCUUACACCAGUGAGCCGGAAAUUGAAAUUUCCACUGCAGUAGAAGAUUACAGUUCUGAGGUAAAUGGUUGCAGUUUUGUGACAAGAACAGCUAUACCUACAGACUUGAUCAGGGAAGAAGAAUUUGGAGUUGGAGAGAUUUGUUCAGAGCAUGGAAUGCAACACUCUCUGGUGCAACUAAAGGUGAUGGAGAAUGAAUUGGCUGAGAAACAACAAGAGAUUGAAGAGCUAAACAGAGAGCUAGAAGAAAUGAGGGCAGCAUAUGGUACAGAAGGAUUGCAACAGCUGCAAGAAUUUGAAGCUGCUAUCAAAAAAAGAGAUGAUAUCAUCACUCAGCUUACCACUAACCUACAGCAGGCACGGAAGGAAAAGGAUGAAACUAUGAGGGAGUUCUUAGAGCUAACAGAGCAAAGCCAAAAACUGCAAAUCCAGUUUCAACAUUUACAAGCAAGUGAAGCUCUAAGGAACACCAGCCACAGUUGCACAGCUGCUGAUUUAUUGCAAGCCAAGCAACAGAUACUUUCUCAUCAGCAACAGCUAGAAGAUCAAGAAUGUCUGCUGAAGAAUUACCAAAAGAAAAAUGAAGAAUUUGAAGUUCAGAUAACACAUCUUCAAGGCAUGAUCAAAACAUAUGAAAUGGAAAAGCAAAGAAAUGAGGAAGAAGAUAUGAAUAAACUACAAGAAAAAGAGGCAUUAGUGGAAGAACUGGAAACAAAACUUAAAGAAGAAGAAAAAAAGUCAUUUCAGCUUAAGGAAAAAUUAUCAGAUGUCAGUAAAUUGCAUGAAGAAUUAAAAGAACAAAUUUCACUAAAGAACCUGGAGAUAAGUAAUAUGAGAAUUGAACUUACCACUUACAAACAGAAAGAAAGACAAUGUUCUGAUGAAAUAAAACAAUUAAUGGGAACUGUGGAAGAACUACAGAAACGAUGUUAUAAAGACAGCCAGUCUGAAGCUGACAUUGUGCAAAGAAUGGAAUUAGAAACACAAAGGAGACUGGCACAACUUCAGGCUGAAUUAGAUGAAAUGCAUGGCCAGCAGAUAGUACAAAUGAAGCAAGAAUUAAUUAAGCAGCAUGCAAUGGAAAUUGAACAACGUCUUGCGCAACAAAAAGUAGAAUUGGAGAAAACUUCAAGUCUAUGUUUGAGUGAUAAUGUUAAUAAAGAUCAAAUGCAUUUAAUGAAUAUUAAAAUUAAUGAACUGAAUGUGAAAUUGCAAGAUGCUGAUAAUGAAAGGGAAAAAAUAAAGCAAGAACUGUCACAACAGAUGGAAGUCAUUUCAGCAGAGAAGUCACUUCAGCAAACUAAAAUUGAAGAUCUUCUCCAAGAGCUGAAUUUUUCAAGGGAGCAGGUUCAAAGAGCCAAACAAACUAUAAUGGAUAUGGAAUGUAGGUUGAGUGAAGCUGAAAAAUAUCAGUUUGUGAUUGAAGAUCUAAAAUCUCAGCUGACUUCUGCCUCAGAAUUUAGGAAGGAAUUGGAACUAAAACACGAGGCAGAAGUAACAAAUUACAAAAUAAAACUUGAAAUGCUAGAAAGAGAGAAGGAUGCGGUUUUGGACAGGAUGGCAGAAUCUCAAGAAGCAGAAUUAGAGAGACUGAGGACAAAGCUUUUGUUUAGUCAUGAAGAGGAGCUUUCCAGACUUAAAGAAGACUUACAAAAAGAGCACAUGGUGAACAUCGAAAGCCUUAAAGACAACUUGAAUAUGCACCAUAAGCAGCAGUUGGAUGGAGUGAAAAAAGAAAUGAGUCAAAAGAUAGAAGCCAUGCAGCUUGAAAAGGACAAUUUAAUCACAAAGCAAAACCAGUUGGUAUUAGAGAUUUCAAAGCUUAAAGAUUUACAGCAGUCUAUUGUAAAUUCUAAAUCUGAAGAAAUGACACUUCAGAUCCAUGAACUGCAGAAAGAAAUUGAAGUUCUUAGGCAAGAAGAAAAAGAAAAAGGUAGUCUUGAACAAGAAAUUCAAGAGCUGCAGCUUAAAACUGAAUUGAUGCAGAAACAAAUGAGGGAGACAGAAGAUAGCCUUCAAAACAAAUGUAGUGAACUUGAAACACAGAAUAAUCUUCUUCAAGGGGAAAACAAAACUCUUGAAGAGAAAUUAAAAAGUAUGUUAGUAAUCUCUGAAGAAAAUGCCAUUUUGAAUGACAGUGUGAGUUCUAAGUCAGAAAAUUUGGAUGUGCAAAAAAGAAUAGAAAACUUGAUUACUGAAAAUGAGCAACUUAAGAAACAAAAUAUUCAACUCCAAGAAGAUACUGAAAGGCAGAAGAGUGCAUUUUUGUCUACUGAGAAAGAACUUAAAGCUAAUAACAAAGGGCUGCAGAAAGAAUGUGAAAGUCUUCUGAAGGCAAAGAAUGUGUUAGAAGAGAACAUGAAUAAGCUGGAAGCUGAAUAUAAAAUCAAACUUAAAGCUUUGAGUGAAGAACUUCACCAUCUGCAAGGCAGUAGACCAGUUUUAUUUAAAAGUAGAACUUCCAGUUUUGAGGAGAGAAACGAAAAAAGGGUGUUUAAGGCAGACAUUCCUGAAGCUGGAGAAGUUGUUGAGAAAGAUGCAACAGAACUUAUGGAAAAGCUUGAAGUUACCCAGCGUGAGAAACUGGAAUUAUCCCUGAGACUUUCCGAUCUUUCUGAACAGCUGAAGUCAAAGCAUAGUGAAGUUUGUCAUUUAAGUGAAAAAGUUAAAUCCUUGAAAGAUGAGAAAGACAAAGUUCUAGCAAAAUGCAAAGAACUAGAAUGUAUAAUUAGCCAUGCUAAGAGAGAAAAUGUUAGUAAUACUGAACCUAAGACAAAAUGCUUUAAAGGAAAAGGUCGAGAGACUGCUACUGCAGCGUGUGAAAGUAGAAAUAAAACAUCUUCUCCAAACAAUGAAGUUGUUGAAGGAAUAAAUGUAAGAGAAAAUCGGGGCUCGGGUAAAGCUAUCUGUCAUCAGGUUACAGAAGUACAGGAAGUUCAGCAAAUGUUGAAACCAGAACAGCCAGCUUUUGUAGAACAUUUGCAUGAAAUGACAGAUGGACUGACAGGUGAAACAUCAUUAAUAGCCAUUACACAGACUGAAAAUAAUAAUCUUCAGCAGCAAGUGAAUACAUUAAAAUCAGAACAGGCUGAUUUACAGCUACAAAUGGAAGCACAGCGCAUUUGCCUUUCCCUGGUUUAUUCAGCUCACGUAGACCAGGUCCGUGAGCACCUGAAAGCAGAAAAAGAGAGUGAACUUUGCAGUCUUAAAGAGGAGCUUCUACGUAGUCAUUUACAAGAGAUGAAUGAUCUUAAAAAAGUUCAUCAAAUGGAGCUCCAGACCAUGAAAAUUCAACCAGCAGAUGAUGAAGUCUCAUCUUCUCAGAGACUUAUAGAAAAGCUGAAUGAAGCUGUAACUGAGGAAUGCUCUAGGCUCACACAGAUUUUCUGUGAUAGUUGGAAUAAAAAAUCUUCAACUGUGAUAGAAGCUGGUAAUAGGGAACAGGAUAUUUUCAAUAGGCCUGCUGCUGAAAAGGAAAAUAUGGAAUUAACAAAACACAGUGGUCAAAUUCAAGCUAUGCAAGAACAUAUGGAAGGACUUCUGCAUAAGAUACUGGAAGAAUACAGUAGGCUAAGAAAACUUCAAUCAGAGUUGAUGACGGAUUGUAAACAGGUCAAAGAACCAUGGCUGUCAUCUUCAGAACCUGAAAGAAGAAAAGAAGAGGAACCUAACAGUCUGGAAACAAGAAAGGAAUCUUUGCAGGCCUCUUCACACAGUCUAAUGGAUCCUAAAAUUCAUGAGCACUGUUGGAAGGAGAUGGAGAAUGUUAAAACACAACUUGAAGAACAACACGCUCAAGCGGUGGAGCACCUCAGGUCUUAUUUCCAGCAACAACUGAAAGAUAGUGAAGAGAGGUACACAGCAGAGAUUGUGCAUUUACAGGAUAAGCUUCGGAGUGAUGAGGUAUCCUCUGACUGCACAAGUAUAUCCCCAAAUUCACAAAUAAAGGUAAAAGAGUCCUUCAGGAAAGUGAAGUGCACUGAAAAUCCUCAUCAGCAGAGAGAAGAUGCAGCAUUGGAGCUUGCUAAUGAAAUUGAAAUGAAAAAUGAUCAGGAUGUUGUACAAUUGCUAGAAAAACAGUACCAGGAAAGAUUAGAAGAAGAAAUAGCAAAGGUGAUUGUAUCAAUGAGUGUAGCAUUUGCCAAACAGAGUGAAUUAUCAAGAAUUGCGAGGCAGAAGAAAGAAGAAACACAAGCACAAAUUGUGCAUCAACAGGGAAUGCAUUCUGAAAUGAAAAGGGAACGUAGAAUAGAAGAGGUUGAUGGCCCUCUCAAGAAAGAAACAGAAAAAUGCAAACAUGAAGAACUGAAAUCACUUUGCAAGGAACUCAGUGAAGAGUCUGGUGAAGUAGGCUUGCUUAGAGAACAGCUUCAUUCUAACACCAAGUCUGAUUACGUGUUGGGACAGACCACACAUGAAUCAGUGACUGCUGAAGGGCUUUUCUCCCAUGUCCAAGGGCAUAUGGCAGAAGAAACACUGUGCAACAAUGUGAUGGCAGCGUCAGACAUGGAAACAUCAAGUCAGCUGUUGAUAUAUGAGGAACGCUUGGAAGAUAUGCGUCAGGAACUGGUCCGGCAGUAUCAGGAGCAUCAGCAGGCAACAGAAUUACUGAGACAAGGCCAUAUGCAGCAAAUGGAACGUCAGAAAGAAAAUCAAGAGCAACUUCUAGCAGAGCUUGAGAGUCUUAAAGUGCAAUUAGCCGAGCGUGUCUCAAUGGAGAAUGACAACCUGGCUGCAGAAAGAGAGAGAAUGCUUUUGGAAGAACUGAAAUCGUUGAGACAACAUCCUGUUCCUGGAAAAGAGAGGCUCUUCUGUGAGCUACAGAACAGCAGCACGCAAACAGAGAAUGAAAAUGAAAACCAAAAUGAUGUGAGAGAGGAAAUCUCUAAGGAUGAAGAUGAAGGAAGAAAGCCGGAUGAAGUAUCUUCAGCUCUGCUUUCUAAAGAAAGGCAUGUUUAUCAGAAGGCUAAUGAGAAACUCAUGAAGAUUCUUUUGGAAGUUGUUAAGACGACUGUGGCCAUGGAAGAAACAAUUGGUCGCCAUGUUCUUGUGUUACUGGAUAGGUCUGGGAAAGUCCAGCCUUCCAAACCAGCUGGGUGGGACACAGAGGCAGAGGAUUCAGUAAAACCUACUAUCCGUGUGGGAUAUGAAAAAGAGUCCUGUUCCUCCUACCACGGCAGCAGUAUGGGAGAUGAUGAUAUUAGCAUGUGGUCAGGAGCUGCAGAGGAAGGACUGCUGAGCCAACAUCUUGCAGAAAGUGGAGUGGAAUUAGACCCUGAAAAUGAAGAACUGGUUCUGAAUAUUAGUUCUCGACUGCAAGCGGCUGUUGAAAAACUUCUGGAAGCUAUCAGUGAAACUUCCAAUCAGCUUGAACAUGCCAAAAUUACCCAGACAGAACUCAUGCGAGAAUCCUUCAAAAAGCAAGAAGAGGCCGCAGAGUUUAUCAGGUAUCAGGAAGAGCUGCAGGAACGUCUCAGUGAAGAAACCAAAGCCAGAGAGCAGUUGGCUUUGGAGCUUAGUAAAGCUGAAGGCCUCAUUGAUGGUUAUGCAGAUGAAAAAGCAUUUCUGGAAAAACAACUGCAGGAAAAAAUAGAUGUAAUUGACCAUCUUGAGCAAGAACUACUGUGUACAGGUAACAAAUUGCAGGAAUUAGAGGCUGAACAGCAGCAGAUCCAGGAAGAAAAGGAGUUACUUGCCAGACAGAAGGAUGCCAUGAGAGCAGAUGCGGGGCCAGUUGAGCAGCGCCUAGUAGAUGCUGCAGUCGAUGCAGCUUCCCAAGCAGAAUUACUAGAGGAAACAGAAAAGCUAAUGAAAGAAAAAAUUGAAGUACAGCGUCAAGCUGAAAAAGAAUAUGAUGACCUUCAGAAGCAAGUGAAAAUCUUGGAAAUAGACUUGGAGGAACAAGUCAAUCGUUUCAUAGAGCUAGAGCAAGAAAAAAAUGCCGAGCUUAUGGACUUAAGGCAGCAAAACCAGGCUUUGGAGAAGCAACUUGAGAAAACAAGAAAAUUUCUAGAUGAGCAAGCAGUUGACAGAGAGCAUGAGAGAGAUGUGUUCCAGCAAGAGAUACAGAAGUUGGAACAACAGCUGAAGGUUCCACAAAGGAGUCAGCCUGUCAAUGAACAUCAAAGCAGAGAGGUUGAACAAUUAACAAAUCAUUUAAAAGAAAAAACAGACAAGUGCAGUGAGCUUUUGCUUUCUAAGGAGCAACUUCAGAGAGAUAUACAAGAACGAAAUGAAGAAAUUGAGAAAUUAGAAUGCAGAAUAAGAGAACUGGAACAAGCUUUAAUCAUCAGCGCAGAUAACUUGCAAAAGGUGGAGGAAAGGAAACAAUUUGGCACCAUUUUUGUAAAAGGAGAAUUACCUCUUGAAAUACAACUGCAAGCUGAACGAGAAGCUGUGGACAGAAAAGAAAAGGAGGUCACAAACCUUGAAGAACAACUGGAGCAGUUUCGAGAGGAGUUAGAAAAUAAAAAUGAAGAAGUUCAGCAGUUGCACAUGCAGCUAGAAAUUCAGCGAAAGGAGUCUACUACACAUUUGCAAGAGCUUGAACAAGAGAACAAAUUAUUUAAGGAUGAAAUGAAAAUACUGGGACUAGCUAUCCAGAAAUCUGAAGAUGCCACCAUAAAAGACCAUCACUUAGUGGCUGGGAAACUUGCUCACAUCAUGCAAGAAAAGGAGCAAGAAAUAGAUAAUCUUCAUGAACAAAUUGCAAAACUGCAACAGCAACUUGAAGGCACAACUGACAACAAAGUUUUUGAAGAACAAAAUGAGCAUAUACGGGACCUUGAAGCCCAGGUAGAAUGUCUGAAAAGUGAUCAAGAACGUGUGAAGAGAAAGAAUGAUGAGGAAAUAGAACAGUUGAACGAUGUAAUUGAUAAGCUUCAGCAAGAACUGGCAAAUAUUGAACAAAUACCUGCAGAUUUCACUGCUUUUCAUGAGGAUGCUGACAGUCUGAAACACACACUUGAAACAGUUCUGGCAGAAAAAGAGGCUUUGGAGAAGCAAGUAGAAAGUAUUAAUUUAGAGGCAUCUCAAACAAAGAAUGAGCUUGAGGAAACUAAGUUAGAAAUGAACCAGCUAAAGCAAGAAAUGAACGUUUUAAGAAAAGAACAUGAAGAAGUAACAGAGAAGUAUAAGUGUGCACUGAUGAAAGGUGAUAGAGAAAAAACAGAAGUUGGGAGCAACAGGAAAACUGAGGAAAUGGAUGAAGUCUCAUGUGAGAUGACAGAACUGCGAGAUCAAACCCAGCUCGGGUCUUCUGAUGAAAAUACAAGGAUCACCAUUAGCAAGAUGGAGGUGCAGCUGCAGCAACUUCAGGCAUGCAUUAAGGAGAAAGAUUCAGAACUGUGUCAGUCCUACAAUGAAAUAAAAGAUCUGAAAGAACAAGGAAAAGCUGAAAGAGAAAUGCUUGGAAAUAAAAUAUUGGAACUAGAGAAAACACUCAUGGAAAAAGUCGCAGCUGCCCUCGGGAGUGAGGUUCAGCUAAAUGCAGUCCAAGAACAAGGGAAAUUCUUGAGAGAAAUUCAGGAAACUUCAGAAUGUCUGGAGGAAGUAAGCAAGCACCCCCAGACAGAAGGUGUGAGUGAUAUUACUGAAAAUGAGGUAGAAUCAGAAGUAUCACUCUUAACACAGAGGCUUAGAGAGGUGGAGGAACAGCUGGCAAAGACAAAUCACAGCUUGGAGCAAGAAAAAGAAAAUGUAAAAGUUACACAACAGGAAUCUAAAUUGAAAGAAGAGAGGCUAUUGGAACUUCAGCAAUUACUAGAAGAGGUUCAAGAGAAACACAGAAGUGAGAUUCAGAAAUACAUUAAGCAAGAAGAAAUGGAUACAUAUCUGGCAGGAGCACAACUCACGGAGAGACAAAAUGAUAAUGCACUUUCUAAUGAACUAGAGAAAGUUAAAGAAGAAGCAGCUGCUGCUAAGGAAGAACUGAGCAGUUGCAGAGAAGAGACAGAAAAACUUCACAAGGAGCUAUCAGUAAAAGAAGGAAAUCUGGUACACCUUCAGGAAGAUCUGUGCAAAGUCAAAGAGAAGCUAGUUCAAGUAGAAGAGAAACUUGCAAAUUAUGUGAGAAUGGAAAAGGACAUGGCAAAAACUGAAAGCAGAAAAGAUGCAGAAAUACUGUGUGAUUUGCUAACCAGCGAGUCUACUGGGAAAAGCACAUCUUCACAGACAGACAAGACUGUGAAUAUCAGCAGCUAUAUCCAGACUUCACCAGUCCUUGUAAAAAAUGCAGAAAUUCAAAUUGACUUGCCAAGUGCCUGCUCUUCUGAAGAGAUUGCAGAGAUCAUAAGAGAAUUUAAUGAAAAAAUUGAGCAAAUGCAAGAACUCCAUGCUGCUGAAAUCAUGGACAUGGAGACAAGGCAUAUCUCUGAAUCUGAAGCAUUAAAGAGAGAGAAGUUUGUUGCAGUACAAGUAUUAACUGAUGAAUGUAAUGCUUUAAAAGAAGUCAUAGAGAGUCUACGAGCUAAAGAAGGAAUCCCGAUUUCUGGAUUAGCACAUUCUCCACCAUAUCAAGCUAGAGAUGGAUGUUCUAGUGAUUCCAGUUCAGACUGGAGUCAAGGAAUGUAUCUUGCUCAGACCCAAGGAUCUGACACAAUAUCGGAAGGACCAGAUGAAGGUGAAACUUCAACAGAUUUGCUUCCUCAAAAAAUUAAGGGUUUGCUGAGAGCAGUCCAUCGUGAAGGCGUACAGGUGCUGUCUCUCACUGAAUUUCCAUAUGGUGAAAGAGAAAUGCCACCUCUUAAGCAGGGGCCAGAAUCUUGGCUUGAGGAGAGGAAAGCCUUUCUAAGCACCAUCUCGUCUUUGAAAGACCUGAUUUCAAAAAUGCAACUUCACAGAGAAGCUGAGAUCUAUGCAAGUUCUGAACCUCUUGAAGGCGAUUCAGACUGGCGAGGAGAACUCCUGUGUGCCAUUCAGCAGGUUUUUGUGAGGGAACAAAAUGUUCUGCUUGCUGUGUUUCAAACUGAACUUGCAGAACUGGGCGCAAGAGAUGCUGUGGUACUGAUGAGUCAGUUAGAGCACAGGCUACAAGAGCAGGCAAUUAACCAGAGAACUGCUGUGGACUGUCUUCAUGAUGCAGAUAGAAGAAGUUUGCUAAUGGAGAUUCAAGUAUUGCAUGCUCAGAUGAACAGUAUGAAAAAUAACCCAAAGAGAGAACAAGAAAUUGAUUCAAAAAGCCAAGAAAUGCUGGAGUACAGCAUGCAGCAGAAGCAGUCACAGAUACUGGAGAUGCAAGUGGAGCUCCGGAGUGCGAAGGACAGAGCGGCUGAGCUUCAGGAACAGUUAAAUUCAGAGAGAAUGAUGAGUGCUGAACUGAAGAAUGAACUUGCCCAGGCCAAAUUAGAGCUUGAAACAACCCUGAAAGCACAGCACAAGCACUUCAAGGACCUAGAAACCAUCAGGACUGAAGUUAAAGAAAAAGCAGCUGAGCUGGAUGUUCUCAAGGAUACAAUGGCCAGCGAACAGAAGAAAUCAAGAGAGUUACAGUGGGCUUUGGAAAAGGAGAAAGCUAAAAUGGAACGCAGUGAGGAAAGACGAAGAGAAGAGCUUGAGGAUUUAAAAUUUUCACUUGAAGAUCAAAAACAAAAGAACUUACAGUUAAACGAGCUUUUGGAAGAAGAGAAACAACUGUCAAGUGAUCUGCAACAGAAAAUUGAAUCCCAAGAAGCACUCAAUGCUGCCCAGCUGUCACGUGAACGAGGCCGUAAUUCUGAGCUGCAGGUUCUUCUUGAAUCAGAGAAGGUUCGAGCUCUUGAAAUAAGCAGUGCACUAGAAAGGGAAAAAGAACUAUGUGCUCAGCUUCAAAGCGCUGAACAUAAGGGGCAAGCUGGAACACCUAAUCCAUCUGAGGAAUUACUUAAAGAGCUGCAGAAACAAAUGGAUGAAAAGCAUGACCGCAUAGUGGAGUUAGUGAGUGAGAUGGAGAAGUAUAAACUGGAAUCUGUGCAAGUGAGGCAGCAAAUGGAAAAAGAGAGGCAAAUCCAGAGAAAAGCAUUACAAGCAGAACAAGAUGCUAACAUAAUAGCACAGAAGAAACUCCAUGAACUGGAGUCCAAAGUAGAAGACCUUCAGUGGCAACUGGGACAAAAGGAGCAAGAGGUUCGUAAAUUAGGGAACGAGACAAAGAAGUUGCAGGAAGUAAUCCAAGAACUACAGAUGAAGGAGCAGGAGAGUGAAAGGGAAAAGGAAGCUGAAAGAACACCAAUCCACAAUCAAAAUGAGACUAUGUGGGACACACCCAAUGAAAGAACAAGAAAUUGGGUUCUCCAGCAAAAAAUGGAAGGAGCUGAGACGAAUGAAUCGAUGUAUCCCACGCUGCCAGGAGGAGGAGGAGACCUCUCUGCAGCUGCUGGAAUUCUGGAGGCUGUCAGACAAAAGCUGCAAAGUGCAUCUCCAAAGCUAAAGCAAUUGGCUCAGAAGGCUGCUAGCAGGUUGCAGUUUGAAACAGCAGAUGAUCAGGACUUCAUUGCAAUACAAAAUGCUAUUGAAGAAGUUAUUUCAGAGCUACAGAAACUUCCUGGAGUGUCCUGUCUGGAAGAGCUGAAGUUGGCGCUGCCACCUGGGACCCCCUCCAGCUCCCUGACAGAGCGGCUGCUACGGCAGAACGCCCAACUCACCGGCUUCGUCAGCAGGCUCAGCGAGGAGAAGAAUAAUUUGAGGAACGCUGUCAUGAAGCUGGAGGAAGAACUGAGGAGAUACCAGCACAGACGUACUUCUGGAGAACAUUCUUCUAAACACUCGUCAGAUCUUGGAGUUAACAUUGAUACGCUGGUUGCCUCUGAGAAGGAAAACUGGAACAGAGAAAAGCUGUCACUGCAGAAAUCUUUGAAACAAGCAGAUGCAGAGCUGUCCAAGCUGAGAGCAGAACUCCGGAGUGAAGCUUUCCUCAGAGAACUGGGAUCAGAUUCUGAAAAUGUUAUCUUAAGGAGAAUUUAUGGCAAAUACCUCCGAGCUGAGAGCUUCCGGAAAGCUCUCAUUUAUCAGAAGAAAUACUUGCUGCUGUUACUGGGUGGAUUCCAGGAGUGUGAAGAAGCCACACUGGCCCUCAUUGCACGGAUGGGUGGGCAGCCCUCUUACACAGACCUUGAGAUCAUCACACAUCAUUCAAAGGGUUUCACAAGAUUUCGCUCUGCAGUCAGAGUGUCCAUUGCAAUUUCAAGAAUGAAGUUCCUGGUUCGUCGAUGGCAAAGAGUUACGGGUUCUGGUAUCUUAAGCCUCAAUAGGGAUGUCUUUAGCCAGAACGCAGGUAAUGAAUUGCGGCCUGACUCAUUCUCCAGUGGCAUGGAUCUCUAUGGAGAACAAAGGCAUUCCUAUAGAUCCCGAUCAGAUAUGGAGUCUCCCAGAUCUCCUAUAAACUUUCAACAAAAGUUCCACAGUAUGCAGGCUGACUUGAACCCAGUCUCUUUCGCGUGUUCUCAGCUGCAGAACUAUGAUCCAGAAAGAGCUUUAACAGAUUACAUCCACCGCCUGGAGGCACUGCAAAGGCGGCUCGGGAGCGUGCAGUCAGUGUCCACCUCAUACACACAGCUGCACUCUGCUAUGAGAAGAUAAUACCCUCUGCCCACUCCAUGGCUGGCAGUGAUGUCAAUGGAUUGAUGCCUUCUGUAAACCCGUGCUCUUUCUGUGCUUUCUGUAACGUGUAUCUGGUGGGACCAAUACAAACACGGCUGUACGAUCCUAUACAGUUCCAUCCUGGCACACCCAUGCAGACUGGGGUUAUGGGAGAUUUAUGUAUAUAAGCAAUUCGUGGUCAUGCAAAAAAAAAAAAGAAUCAUUAAAUUACAUGUAUAUUUGUGGAAUGCUAAUUUAAAUGAUUAACUUAUGAAGUGUGUAUUUAUCAAGGGGGUGCAAAGAUGAAACUUGUGUAUUAAUUACAUUGAGCUCCGUUCAGAGAAGUUCACUUGCACUUUUUCUGGCAAGGCUACUGAAGUUACACAACUCUCCUCAUAUUUGCUACUGGCAGUGCAGACAGAAUAGCACUUGUAGAGACCUAUUUUUGUAAUGGUAGAAGUUUUGAAUUUUAUGGGUAUUUUGUCAAAGUACUGAAAUAAAAAUGACUUCAUGCUUUUAACUGUGUUCUACUCUUGGAAAGUUCUUAAAAUUGAAGAAUCGUUCCCUUAUUUAGGUUGAAAACCUCACUCCUAGGCAUGCUCCUCCUGGCUGUGGCAGCUGUCUUGUCACCAAUUACAGAAGUGCUGCUACUUGACAGGAGGACAGGGGUAGGUUUGGUUUCUGCAGUUCCUGGCUGUACCUUUGGGGGCUGCAGGAGCUGUGUGUCCUUUCCCUCAGUCGCUGUCACUGAUAUGAAAACAAAGGUCUGUGACAGUUUUACCGGGGUUAGAACCGACAGCCUGGGUGAGCCCUUCCCUCAGGGAGCGCUGUAGGGAAGGAGGGGAAGCUCUGUGCAUGAUUAGCUAACUGUGUACUUAGAUGCAUUUUCUUUCUGGUAGUUACGAAUUUAAGAACUGACAGCGUUAAGCAGAGGAAACUUCCACAAGAGGUUUCUUUACAAAUUUUAAUCAAAAUUCCUAUGAGCUGGAGCUCAAGACCAUUUAUCACCACCACUUGUGAACCAAACACUAUUCAACAAUCCUGCAGGAGUCAAUGCAAAGCAUAACAGCAUUCAGAUAUCUCACUUCGUUUAUGGAUUAUUUUCCAGGUGAACGUGUUAUUUACUAGCGCUGUCGUCCUGUUGUUAUUUCCAUGCUUACACCAAGCUUUCAGAGAUGGCUGCUUUUCACAGUUUACUUUAGAAAAUUACUUGUAGCUUCCUGAAGCAAAGUAUUUUACAAAUGCUCCAAGUUAAACAUUUAAAUUGUUGAGUUACAGAACUUCCCUAUGAACACUGCUGCAGACACCUCUACUCAGCCACACAGUGACAGUUUGUAAUAAUAAUUAAUUCCAAAUAAUUCCACAAAGCAACCAGAAUGCCACUUUUCAAUCUGUGAUUCUGUUUCAAAACAGGGCAUGUGCAUUGCCCUCAGUCCUUUGUACCUGAUGGAGUUACUGUCGUUGGGCACAGAGGUAAGGUACAGUCAUACCCCUCCUCAUCUGGGGAAAGGCAACUGUCUAAUGUUUUUCUGUUGGUUUUUUUUUUCUU